CCUCAAAUUUGUUAUUAGCAAUCAUGUUAAACAUGGCAAUGGUUGUCACUAUAACUCUUGUUAUCCUCCUAUUGUGUUCUCCAUCAUCAGUAGCUAUAUUACUCAACAAGCUUCAGCUACCAACACCAGUGACAGGACCUGAGUCCCUUGCAUUUGAUAGAAACGGUGGAGGACCUUAUGGGUCUUCUUCUGAUGGAAGAAUCUUCAAAUAUAUUGGUCCAAAUGAUGGUUUCAAGGAAUAUGCUUACACUUCCCCAAACAGGAACAAGACAAUCUGUGAUGGACUUGCUGAUUUCUCAGCACUCCAAGCAACAUGUGGAAGGCCUUUAGGGAUGGGUUUCAACCAUCAGACAGGUGAUUUGUAUGCAACUGAUGCUUAUUUUGGAUUUGUUAAGGUUGGUCCGGAUGGAGGAAAUGUAACCCAAUUAGUUGGACCUAAACAAGGCAAUACUACAAUGUUUGCUGAUGGUUUGGAUGUAGAUCCUGACACCGGAAUCGUCUAUUUUACCAUAGAUAGCACCAAUUUCCAACUCAAGUAA